AGCAGCGCGGUGAGGCGGCAGCUCAUUGGCCAAAGGCGAAAUUUGAAAUGCAACGCGCUCAGGAUGCGGACAAAGGUGCAACGCUGGUGAUUGCUAAGAAAAAGAACAGGAAAUAAGCGGUUUGAUAAACCUCACCGAAAGGGUUUUGCUGUCCAACAUUUUCUCAGAAACGGGUCUGAACCUAUAGAACAUCAUGGAGGCUGUGCUGAGCCUCCAGAGCUUAUAUGAUAAGCUGAGGAUGCAAGCUGACAUUCUGAACGAGAACAUUGAACCCAACUUCAUUCAGAUGGCACAAAACUUUGAUGACUGCCGUCGCAAAUGGCUGAGGUCAGAGCAGGAGCUUGACUCUUGCAAAGAGAUUCUCACCAAAGCCGAAACGGAGAGGGGAGCCUUGGAGGUCAAACUGAAACAUGCCCGCAAUCAAGUUGAUGUGGAGAUCCGGCGCAGACAAAAGGCCGAGGCUGAUUGUGAGAAGUUGGACCGUCAAAUUCAGUUGAUCAGGGACCUCCUGACCACCGAGGGCUCCACAAACAGCAUUCAGCUGAGUGCAGAGCAGCGCUCAGCUCUGGCCUUCCUGAACACAAACUGUCAGGCAGCAGCCAACCUGAAUACCAGCCGAAGACUGAUGACGAUAGAUGAGUCUGCUUCCAUCUUAUCAGAUAUCAGCUACGAUAAAACUGAUGACUCUCUUGAUUGGGACUCCUCCACUGUGAGGACGGUGCGACUCAAGAAACGAGAAAAGAGGCGCUCCUCCAGAAAUCAUGUCGAUGGUCCUCCAAUGGCCUCCAAAAGGUCUCGAUCAACAGGCAGAACCUCAGAGAGGGGAAAUGAGACUCUUCUGACAAAGACCACAGUGACUGUGCCUCUGAAUGGAGGGACCGUUGAGGCAGUUUCUACCAUUGAGACCGUUCCCUAUUGGACUCGCAGCAGGAGAAAGACUGCUGCCAUGGAGUGGGACUCUGAAUCUGUCAAGUCUGAGGAUAUCUUCAAGCAGCCUUGCAACCCUGAGGAACAGAGAAAAGCUGAGCCCAGCACUCCUCAGAGCCACGGAGGUGUCCGUCAUCACGAGUUUGUCUCCAAAACUGUCAUUAAGCCUGAAUCCUGCGUCCCCUGUGGAAAGAGGAUCAAGUUUGGCAAGAUUGCUCUGAAGUGCCGUGACUGCAGGGUGGUCUCGCACCCCGAGUGUCGCGAGCGUUGCCCUCUGCCGUGCAUUCCCAACCUGGGUGGUACACCGGUCAAAAUCGGGGAGGGCGUGCUUGCAGACUACGUCUCUGACACGUCGCCCAUGAUUCCUCCUCUCGUAGUCCACUGUAUCAGUGAGAUCGAGCAAAGGGGGCUGCACGAGGCUGGACUGUACCGUUUGUCUGGUGCUGAUCGCACAGUGAAGGACCUGAAGGAGAAGUUUCUCCGUAGCAAAACUGUUCCUGUGCUCAGCAAGGUGGACGAUAUCCAUGCCAUCACUGGUCUCCUCAAGGACUUUCUUAGGAACCUCAAGGAGCCUCUUCUGACCUUCCGCCUCAACCGUCCCUUCAUGGAGGCAGCCGAGGUUUCAGAUGACGACAACAGCAUAGCUCUGAUGUACCAAACCAUCGGUGACCUGCCGCAGCCCAACAGAGACACGCUGGCUUUCUUAGUCUGUCACCUUCAGAGAGUUGCAGAGAGUCUGGACACUAAGAUGGACAUCAGCAACCUGGCUCGGGUCUUUGGUCCGACUAUUGUGGGUCACACCGUCCCCAACCCCGACCCCAUGACGAUCCUACAGGACACCAAACGACAACCCAGGGUUGUGGAGCGUCUGUUGGCUCUGCCUGCGGAUUACUGGGGCCAGUUUGUGAUGGCAGAAAACGAGCAUCCGAACCUGGAUCACCUGAUCAUCGAGAACGCAAACUGCUACGCCACCCCUGAAAGAAUGAGCAUGCUGGGACCUCUGACCACUCCAGAGCACCAGCUCAAUAAAACUCCCUCCUCCAGCUCCUUGUCUCAGCGCAUGAAAUCCUCUCUGACACCCAGAUUUGGGAGCAAGAGCAAAUCAGCAGUCGGAUUUAAUCGCCAAGGGAAAUUCUUUGCAUCUCCACUUCUGAAGUAAUCCAAAGCAGCUACACUUAACCCUUCAUUAAAACUGCAAUAACAAACGA